GGUUUGAACUUUAGAAGCAAUAAUAUGUUAUCUGCAAUUUAUAUAAUAAAAAAUAGUUGUUUUGGGUUUUGAAAUGACGUCAAUGCCGGGUUUCCUAAUGAAUUCUAAUUUUGCACCUUUGUAAUGUGUAUUUAUGUGUUAAGUAAUUUAUUUUUUAUUAUUUCGUAGGUAUUCACUAUUGUAGCAUCUGGCUAUAGUAUUGUUUUGUUUUUUUUUGUUUUUAAAUUAGCUGACUAGUGACCAAAUACAGAUCAAUUAUUGAUUAACACAGAUUAUUGUUAGCUUAAGUUUAGAACAACUAAUUUUUUUUAAUAAUGUUUUCCUCAAAAUAUUUAUGCAUACUUUUUGCAUUGUUAAUGCCGUGUAUAGCCUUUGACUCUUCAGAUUUAAAAUGUGAAGUGUGUUGUCGUCUUGUCGAAGAAAUACAACGCAAUGUUAGUUCAAUGGAAGCAGCAAACAUUGUGCAAGUUUCUAAUUUUCGAUUGGAUGGCAAUGGUGAUCAAAUAAAACAGACUGUUCCAUUAGCACGGACGCAGUUAUACUUAACAGAGGUAAUGGAUUCUGUAUGUGAAAAGAUGAAUGAUUAUGUACGUGCUACAUAUAAGAAGAAUGGUACGUUGACAGUUAUGCAAUUGAUACAAGAUGGAAAAAUGAACCCGUUGAUGAGUGAGGUGGAUGUGGUUCAAGACUCUGAUCUGAACAAAAGCUUACAAUAUUUUUGCGAAGAGAUUGUCGAUGACAUUGAAGAAGAUCUCAUAAAUAUUAUUAAGUCUGAAGAUGAUGACCACCUUGUUCAUUCCAUUUGUACUAAUGUUAUGCAAUUGUGCCCAAUAAAAAAUAAUAAAGUAGAAUUAUAACCAAAAGUUAUUGUAUUUAAUGUUUUUAUGUAUAGUUUAUUAUAUGAUUUAAUAUUGUUUAUACAUAAAAUAUUGAUGAUGUUAAUUUCUAUUAUUUUAAUAACCUAAUACUAAUAGAUGUAGGUACUCAUGUCCAAUACAAGUGUACAUUCUGCCUUUCCUUUUUCAUUUUGAUAUACAGCCAGACCACUAUUAGGCUUGUUGGCUUGAGUAAUAUAAAAUGUAACUAUUACAUACCUUUUGGCUAUUGCAAUACUUAAGUAGUAACUAGUAAGUGUUAUUUGUCAUUAUUAAUAGUCAGAGCCAGUAUAAUUUUUUAUUAUUUAUCUCUAUUAUUCUACUAAUAAAUUUACCGUAGUACUUUA